CAGUAAAGCGCAAAAAUGGCCAUCUUUCGUAGUGAAGGUCUGAAGCAGAACAAAUGCUUGCCUGGGCCCCAUCUGGCAUUGAGUGUACGAUACGAAAAAUGCGUGGCGUUGCUCGCGGCGUACCAGACGCUCGCCUUCCCCGGCUUUGACUCACAGACUCCACGUCUCCACCCCGAAUCUCACUUCCCGUCUCGCCCCCGCCCCCAAUCCUCACCGCCGCCGCCCGGGCCAGCCAUGGUGGGCGCCGACGCCGAGUCCUCGGCGGUGGUCGACGCCGGCGAGGGCCACGGAGACCUGGCCCUCGAUUCCUCCUCCGCUGCCUCCACCGACCCUCUGCUCCACCCGCCGCCGUCCCCUUCCUCCACCCCCUCCUCUCCCACCGCGAUCGCCGACCACGACGCGUUCAUCGAGGAAGACGGCGAGGAUGACUCCGCGCCCCACGUCCCAUCCGCUUCCGACGAGGCGGCCCCGGAGUUCGUCCAGAUCACCGUCUCCGAGCCUAAGAAGCACGCGGAGCCGGCCGCGGGGGCAGCGGGGGUCAUUCCUGGCUCCGGGAGCUACUUCUCCUACCUCAUCACCACCAGGGCGGCCGACGGCGGCCUGUUCCGCGUGAGGCGGCGCUUCCGCGACGUCGUCGCCCUCGCGGACCGCCUCGCGGCGGCCUACCGGGGGCUCUUCGUCCCGGCGCGACCAGACAAGAGCAUCGUCGAGGGGCAGGUCAUGCAGCGGCAUGAGUUCGUGAACCAGCGCUGCGCCGCGCUCCAGCGCUACCUCGGCCGCCUUGCCGCGCACCCCACCAUCGGCCGCAGCGCCGAACUCCAUGACUUCCUGACUGAGCCAAGCGGCAUUCCCACCUCCGCGGGCGAGUCACCCAGAUCGGAUCCCGCGUUGAGUGCUGCCAUGUCCGCGGCCGCCGUUACCGCUCCAACGGCGCCUGCAAAGCCUGGGAGAGAUAUUUUUGGGAUGUUUAAGGACCUGAAGCAGACGGUGGCGAAUGGAUUGGUGGCAGUGAGGCCGCCUCCAGUGGAGGAGGAAACUGAUGCAAAGUUCGUCAUGCACAAGGCCAAGCUGGAGUACUUCGAGCAGCAUCUCACGACGGCAUCUCAGCAGGUAGAGGCUCUUCUUAAAGCUUAUGAUGAUCUUAAAGCAACUACAGGUCAACUGGGAAUGACAUUCAUUAAGCUGGCAAAGUUUGAAAAGGAGCAGGAUACAUGUAAUUCUCAGAGAAAAAGAGCUGUUGAUAUGAGCAAUUUCGCAAAUGCUGUUAUCAACAUGAGCAGAUCACAGACAAAACUAAAUGCUAAAAUUGAAAUACAUCUGGGCACUAUCUAUGAAUACUUGGAGACAAUGACUUCUGUUCGUAAUGCAUUUACUGAUCGCGCAAAUGCUUUGCUUCGUGUGCAAAGUCUGUCAGGAGAUUUAUUUCUCUUGCAUACUCAGGCAGCAAAACUUGAGUCCGUAUCAUCCAGAGGAAUGGGCCAGGAAAGAUUAAGAUACCAAAAGAUUGAAGAACUGAAAGAAACAAUAAGAAAAACAGAAGAUGCAAAAGGCAAUGCACGCCAGGAAUAUGAGCUUAUCAAGGAAAACAACAUGAAUGAGAUCAUAAGGUUUAACAAAGAAAAACGCCAUGGUUUGGUUGAGAUGCUGAAAGGCUUUGUAAGAAAUCAGGUUUCAUACUCAGAGCAUAUUUCUAGUAUAUGGACAAAGGUAGCAGAAGAAACCACAGGAUAUACAGGCAAGGAAGUUCAAUUCUCUGUACAACUUCUGCUGCAUCUGCAGCUGCAUGGUGGUGUCAAGCAAGUGCAGCCAUUUCUGUUCCACUCAACCUGUUCCUUCUAUUCUUUUCCUGUGAAAAAAUUUUCCUGGGUAAUUUCUGGGAUAGGUUUAUCAGAAUUGCAAAAUUGUGCACCGAGACAGAGAGGCUCCGCGAGGGGAAACGGGCGUCUUCGCGUCUGUUUUACUCUACCCCAACGACCACAAGCUGCUCCGUGCUCCCUCUCUGGACUCGCCCCAUUUCCUCUCGCCGCCGGCGCGUCGGCGCCGCGCCUCCGGCUGAGGAGAAUGCUGCCCCCCGCGCCCACCCGAAACCCGGGAGCCUGCAGGUUCAUACCCCUCCUCCCACCAAAACCGCUUCUCUCUCCCGCCGCCGCCGCCGCCUCCUCCCGCGGUGGCCUCUGCGUCGCCGCCGCAUCCCGCCGCGAUUUCCUCCUCCUAGUCCCCUCCAUCGCCGCGGCCUCCACCGUGCUCCAGUCCCUCCCGCUAUCCGCCUCCGCCGCGGACGAUGAGAAGCAGGCCGCGUCGCCCGCGCCGGGCCCUGCAGCGGCUCCGGCUCCAACCUCCGCGGGAGAGCCCGAGGCGGAGGCGCUGUCGAGGGUGUACGACGCGACGGUCAUCGGGGAGCCGCAGGCCGUGGGGAAGGACGCGCGGCGGAGGGUGUGGGAGAAGCUGAUGGCCGCGCGGGUGGUGUACCUCGGCGAGGCCGAGCUCGUGCCCGACCGCGACGACAGGGUGCUCGAGCUCGAGGUCGUGAGGAAGCUGGCGGCACGGUGCGCCGAGGCCGGAAGGAGCAUCUCGCUUGCGCUCGAAGCCUUCCCGUGCAACCUCCAGGAGCAGCUCAACCAGUUCAUGGACAGGAGAAUUGAUGGCAACAACUUAAGGUUGUACACUUCUCACUGGGCACCAGAGCGCUGGCAGGAGUAUGAACCCCUUUUGAACUACUGUCGUGAUAAUGGAGUCAAACUUGUUGCCUGUGGAACUCCACUUGAGGUGUCAAGAACUGUCCAAGCAGAAGGAAUUAGAGGCCUUUCAAAAGCACAAAGAAAGCUGUACGCUCCUCCAGCUGGCUCAGGCUUCAUUUCUGGUUUUACAUCCAUCUCAGGCCGAUCAUUGAUAGACAAGAUUUCAGCAAUUCAUGGCUCUCCAUUUGGCCCAAGCUCGUACCUAUCUGCACAGGCAAGAGUAGUUGAUGACUAUACCAUGUCCCAAAAAAUAAUGAAAGAAAUUACUAAUGGAUAUCCUUCAGGGAUGCUUGUUGUUGUAACUGGUUCAAGCCAUGUUAUAUAUGGUUCACGUGGAAUUGGAGUCCCUGCUAGAAUAUCUAAAAAGAUGCAAAAGAAGAAACAAGUUGUAGUACUUCUUAAUCCUGAGAGGCAAGGUAUUAGGAGAGAAGGUGAAAUCCCUGUAGCUGAUUUCUUGUGGUACUCUGCUGCCAAGCCAUGCAGUCGAAAUUGCUUUGACCGUGCUGAAAUUGCUAGAGUUAUGAAUGCGGCUGGUAGGAGGCGAGAAGCAUUACCCCAGGAUCUUCAGAAAGGAAUAGAUCUUGGCGUGGUUUCUCCUGAGAUACUGCAAAACUUUUUUGACCUUGAGAAAUAUCCUGUUAUGGCUGAACUGAUUCACCGAUUCCAAGGUUUCCGUGAAAGGUUAUUAGCUGAUCCCAAAUUCCUGCAUAGAUUAGCUAUUGAAGAGGGUAUAUCAAUUACCACCACUCUCAUAGCUCAGUAUGAGAAACGGAAAGGAAGGUUUCUUGAAGAGAUCGACUAUGUCCUUACUGAUACGAUUAGAGGUUCUGUUGUUGACUUCUUUACAGUGUGGCUUCCUGCUCCUACCAUUUCACUCUUAUCUUUAGGUGAUAAUGGUUCUGGUGAGAGUUUGGAGCUUCUCAAAGGACUUUUAGGGUCACUUCCAGAUAAUGCAUUUCAAAAGGGUAUUAUGGGGCAGAGCUGGAACACAAACCAGAGGUUUGCCUCAGUGCUGAUGGGUGGAAUUAAACUUGCUGGUGUGGGAUUCAUUUCUAGUAUUGGAGCUGGAGUUGCUUCAGAUGUUCUGUAUGCUGCUCGUCGAGUUUUGAGACCUUCUACAAGUGUUGAAACAGCGCGCAGAAGAACCCCCAUAUGGAAAUCGGCGACUGUUUAUAGUUGCUUCCUUGGAACAUCAGCAAAUCUACGAUAUCAGGUCAUUGCUGGUCUGGUGGAGCAUCGCCUAGGAGAAUAUCUGAUGGCUUACUAUAACCAGCCGCUUCUUGCUAACUUGUUGUCCUUUGUUUCACGGACAAUUAAUUCAUACUGGGGAACACAGCAAUGGAUUGAUCUUGCACGGGCUACAGGCCUGCAAACUAGUAAGAAAGAGCUGCCAUCUCCAGAGAUUUCAAACCUACCUGACAUGCCACUGUUAGAAUGUGGCACAACAGAAGUACAAAAUAUGGAUGAUAGCAACAAGCAACAGCCAAUGAAGUAACCGUACAUAGCCAAUGACUCCUUGGCCUGUUUGAUUGUGGCCAUUCAACACAGGGACAACUUUUGUUUUGAUCACCCGAUACUGUACAGGUAUAUAUACGGGAAAGACUUCGUACGGCAGAUUGAAGCUCGUCGAUAUUUUUGUUUCCCAAUCUUUAUGGCCAGGCCAAUUUUAACCCUUCGAGAGUAUAUAUUUGUACAUCAGUGAAUGAAACAAAUCAAGUUCGAAACACGUAAACAAUUACACGCAGGAGUUCCCUCUGAACACAUCCUAUUUACUCAUUCUGAAUCCAAUGUUUUCUUGAGGAUUGGCAGUUUGGCA